GCGUGCUUUCUCAGGCACUCAACCUCUUCAUGACUGCGAGAGGCACAGGGAAGAAGGGGAACUAGCUGAGGUAUUUGUGGGAGAAACCCGUUGCCCGGCUUGGGCUUGAAUGCAAGGGGUCUAAAUCUGUGGGGCUGUAAACACCUGUGUCGGCUGGAUGUGACCUGAAUGAAACAGGCAGCCCAGAGCAGGGCGUGGUGAGCUCGGAGUGCCUUGAUGUUUCUUUUCCCUCAGCAGUGUUUUUCUGACUCUGUCACGCUGGACUAACAUCAGUGCUUCCCUCGGAGCCCAGAGUGAUGCUCCGGACAGGAUGGCUACUUUCGAUCCUCCCACGGGCCCCGCGCCUCAGGAUGCUUGCAACAGGGAAGGACUGAGGGGAGAGCGUCUUGCCUGAGCGUUUUUCCACAAAGCUUCUGCUGUUUUCUUAACUUGCAAUCUCUUCUCGUGAGGAAGUCAAGAGGAGCGAUUGCUUUGAGAUUUUCCUCCCCACCGAUCCUCACAGAGUUUAAUGUGGGGGAGGAGGACCAGAGGCAGGUUCAGACCAAACACACAAGUCCAGGCGGGUUGAUGCGGCUCCUGACACAAUCAACAAGGAAGAGCCAGGCCACACCUGAAGAGGCAGGACAGAGUGUGUGGCCAGAGACAGGAGAGAAAUCUGGCAAGAUGUGAACCAGCAGAGGGAAAUAAAUAGUCCACUGGAAGCCACUUUGGGACACUAAAGAUGGAGUCAACAGGCAGAGAGGAGGAGACAUACGUGUUGGUGGAAUAUGCCUUUGAAUACACCUCCAAGGAUGGCCAGCUUAUCACAAUCAAACCCAAUGAGAGAUAUAUGCUUUUAAGGCGAACCAAUGACCAUUGGUGGCAUGUUAGGAAGAGCAAAAAUUCCCGGCCUUUUUACAUCCCAGCUAAAUAUGUCAGAGAGCUGAGCCCCUUCACGCCUUCUGAGAAGCCACCUUCCACCACACGGCUGGAGACUACCAAUUUAGGGACCUCCAUUGGAGUUGGCAGUGAUCAAUUGCCAGAGUAUGAAUAUCGAUUUGUGACAGCUGUUCAAGAAUGCAAAACAGAUACCUCACAGCAGUGUUCCAGCUCCUUAGGGAUGGAAACAGUGGUGUCUCCUGAGGAUAAUGGGAAGAUUCUACCCACUUCUGGAGCAGUGAGAGGCACACGGCCCCCUCUCAGUGCCUCAUACGGUUCCCUUAAGCCUCCUUACCCAACAGACUCUAAUCUUCCUCUGGCAGGUCAUGGCCAUUCUGCUGACCACAUGAGGCCUGCUGUAUCCCUGGAUGACUUGGCAAGGUUCACAGCUCCCAGCCUGGCAGGUGUGGGGAACUCUGGAUUGUACAAAGCUGCCUCAUGGGCUCACCCUCACCCGCUUCUGAAGAACAGCUCUGAAAACAUCUCCAAACUGAUGAAAGACCGAGUGAAACAGGACAUGCAGGAACACUGUGCCAAAGAGUCGCUUGAAGAAGUGGCCACAGAUCCAGUAUAUGUGAACCUACGAGAACUUCGGUUGGAGCACAGUACUGCCACUGCGAACAAUGCCCAAUCCUCGUUCCGACCGUGCCUUAGCAACCCCUUGAACCCCUGGGAAACUCACACUGACACUGAAAGUGGUCGCUUGUUCUAUUACAAUUCUGUGACUGGUCAGACAACAUGGGAAUCUCCCUUUGAGGCUUCCUUGAAUAGCGUGAGUCCUUCCCAUUCUCACUCUCCCAGCCCUGCCACACCUGCUGAGUGGAACCAAUAUGUAGAUGAGGCCAGUGGGCAGAUAUUCUUCUAUAACGCAGCCACGGGUGAGACAUCGUGGGAUGCACCCCAGGUGAAUGAGAUUCUCAAUCCUUCAGAGAUGCAGCCUGCAUUUACUCCUUACAACUCUCUGGAUCAGAGGCCACCAACUCCAGAAACUGACUACUCCAACCUUUCUCCUGAUGAACUUGAACACUACCCAGAGGAAGAUUAUUCUCCAGUUGGAUCCUACAAGCAAUUUGACUAUACUGGUAUUCCUUCAGGAUACCAGGGCUGGACUUCCCAUGGCAACCAGGAAGGACCAAUGUUUGAUGGCAGCCAUUAUGUCUCAGACAUGGUGACCACAUCUGGCCAUCACCAGAGUAUCAGUAGUGGAUCUAGUUUGGGCAGCAGCCCUUUUGCAAGCUGGUCCCCCAGCCUGUCAGCUCAUCCUGGCUCAAAAGAGGAGCAGCUGAAAACUCUUGAGAAAGCUGGGAUGCUCUUUCGGACAAAAACUGCUGAUAAAGGGAAACGCCUGAGGAAGAACUGGAGUUGUGCAUGGACAGUCUUGGAAGGUGGUGUCUUAAUAUUUUUCAAGGACUCCAAGCAUUCAUCUUCCAGCAGCGUGAAACAUCCCUCUGUGUUAAGUAGCCCAGAGUAUACAGUGGAUCUUCUUGGGGCAUGUCUUUCCUGGGCCCCCAAAGACAAAUCAAGCAAAAAGAAUGUCUUGGAGCUGAAGACACGGGAUGGCUCAGAGUAUUUGAUCCAACAUGAUUCGGAGUCCAUUGUCAGCAUGUGGCACAAUGCAAUUAGUAACAGCAUUAGCAGACUGCCUACAGAUUUCCCUUUGGAAGAGAGCGAGGAUAAUUUAGCAGAUCUGAAAUCCAAGGAACAAGUAGGAGGGAACAAAGAAAAAGAAAGUGAGAAGAAGAAUCCAGCUUUCUGGCACCCAUCCAGCUCUCUCAACUCGGACAAUGACUCCAACAAAGUCCGCAACAAGCUCCGGAAAUUUCUGUUGAAGCGUCCACCUCUGCAGUACCUGCGAGAGCGAGGCUACAUUAAAGAUCAGGUGUUUGGAUGUGCUCUCCAAGUUCUGUGUGACCGUGAGAAGAGCACAGUGCCUCAGUUCGUCAGGCAGUGCAUCUCCACUGUGGAGAAAAGAGGCUUGGAUAUUGAUGGACUUUAUCGGAUAAAUGGUAACCUGGCUACAAUACAGAAAUUGCGCUACAAAGUUGACCGUGAUGAGCACCUGGAUCUUGAUGAUGGCCGUUGGGAUGAUGUUCACGUCAUCACUGGGGCACUCAAACUCUUCUUCCGUGAGCUGCCUGAGCCACUCUUCCCCUUCAGCCAUUUCGACAAAUUUAUUGCUGCCAUUAAAAUUACGGACCCUACAAAGCGAAGCCACCGCUUACGGGAACUUGUGCAUUCUCUACCUCCUGCUAAUCGCAAUACCAUGAGGGUACUUUUCCAGCAUCUUUGCAGGGUUAUAGAGUUCCAGGAGGAGAACCGCAUGUCUCUGCAGAGUGUUGCAAUUGUCUUUGGGCCAACAUUAUUGAAGCCAGAGGCAGAAGAAGGGAAUAUGGCUAUGUACAUGGUUUUCCAGAAUCAGAUUGUGGAGCAAAUCCUUAAUCAGUUCAAUUAUAUAUUCCCAGAGAGCUAGACACAGCUGUAUAAUGGAGUGCCUUCAGUAUGAGAGCAGGUCCUGUUGCUGUAAGGAAAGAGGUGUCGCUGGUUAGGGCCACAACAGAGACAAUGAAGCUGGGAGAGAAAUAUUUGGCAAGCAAUCAAAUCAUCUCUGCUGGAUUCAGAAAGCUUGUUUGUGGAAAGGGGGAGGCUUUGUGGGUGAAUCUAAAGAAUUACUUUUCAAUUGAAGUAAUUAUUUUUCAAGCAACAUGGCUUAUGAAGGAGUUGAGGGAAAUUGUAUUGCUACGGAUAUACUCUGAAUCUUCAGUUCUUUUGAAUGAACGAAGUAUUGUUGAAAAUGUGAGAUGGAGAUGGAUUUGAAGAGGAUCAGACAUUCAUUUGGUGAAUACUGGUUAAUCUGACUCCACUUCUUUGACUGCAAGAUAUAAAAUGGCAGAAUACUAAUACAUGAUCAUAGUAUUGGCAUAACAGCAUUAUAAUACAGAAUUCAGAUUUGUAAUAUUAAUUUCUGUGUAUCAGUUGCUUGUUCCAAUGUAUGUAUGAAUUAUCUGUGGUAGGAUAACUUGCACUUUGAGAUUGGUAAAGUGGAAUUCAGCUUAUCUAUGUACCUGAUCCUUGGGUAACCCUGAGUUCAAUAUAAUCAAAUACAUGUUUACAGUGGUAGAGGGCAUCCCAUGAGCUGUAGAACCUGACAGUUGUGUCACCAAAAUUGGUUGGCAAAAUGGCCAGAAGAUGUGCCCUUUCAAGAAGAUUGGGAGGCUGAGUUUGCAGCACCUUAUCUCUCAAACAUUGCAUACCCCCGGUUUAGAAGCUACCCAGAGAGCUUGGUAUACCUGGACCUUUUUUUUUUCCCUGCUAAAAACAAAGUGGGGAAAGAAUGGAGAGCCUGAUUUAUGGAUUUCUUUCCAAAACCUUAAUAAUAGCUCUGCUCUCAGUUACUUGACGGGGGGGGGGGGCUAGGCUGCAGGAGUUGCCCACAUUCCAAGCUCCUUCCUGAUGGCUUCUCCCACAGGGAUGCCCUGGGGAAAUUUAUCUGGACUUUUUUUUCUCUACCAUUUCCAAGCUGGCCCAUUUUCAGACUGACUUUUGCACCUCUUGUUCUAUUCAGGUUUCAGAGAGUUAUUCUGCUGAAAGGCAGAGACAGUGGUGGUUCAAGGGUAUAUGGUGCCCCUAGGCCACAUUGACUGAUGGCACCACCUGCUGAUGUGAAGAUUUGUCCUUUAGAAUGAUUUGGAAGGGGAGGGGCAGCAUUGGUGCCCUAGGCUAGUUCCUACUCAGUACCAACCCUAAGCUUUGGUGCGCAAGGCCAGUACCUACAGAGCCAGCCUAAAGCCAGCCCUGGACAGAAAGAAUUCCAACCUCCUUUAUAUGAUUUCUUUCAACAUUCCAUUGGGUUGAAAAGAAGAUCAAGGUAGCAAAUGAAUGCAGAAAGUUAUUCUGCUGGCAGAUGGGGUCACUUCAAAUAAUGUUUUCCAACAGUGCAUUGAGCUGAAAAUAAAGUAUUCACCCAUGUGA